GAGAAGUCACCUCAGCGUGUGGGGACGUGACGUUAGUGGAGGGAAUGUUCUACCCGAUAAGGAACACUAUCCACUCAGAACUUGCUCGACGCGAUAAUACCACAGGUGCAAACGUCAGCAUUAAAGGGACGCUUACGCUCAGCCCAGCACUUACACUUCUGAUAGCAGCAGCGAAAUAAGGCGGUUUAACGUUGAUUAGGAAAAAAAGACCUCGUCGAUCUCGGGACGGGUGAGUGAGGAGGCGGCAUUAGAAGGACCAACCUAUAAUACCUCCAAUCUGCGAGCCAAUGUCCGAAGUGAGCCGGCGACGUUCGGGCAGCGGCGGGCUGAUCGACACCAAUACAGACUCAGUCUGAGAAACUUUACCGGCGAGCAAGAGGAUUGAAGAAGGAAAAAGUCUAACAGUCUGGGAGAAAGAGUUUAAUUGCAUCCAGUGCAACAACUGGGGGUUAGUCCCAGUGAAUAGAGAAUUGGGGAGGCAAAAGGGGGCUACAAAUAAUGUUUUGCUUUAACAUCGCAUCUCUUUGAAAACAAGGAGGUGUUGUGUCGGAGAAGAGAGGAGGAGCUGACUUCUCGAGUCACUCAACAACCCUCACUGCGCCGGAGACACAUUUCAAUCGGAGUUUGAGGUAUUGAACAACAGCUCAAUGUCCAGAACGAUGUCUCAGGCAGAGGUAGACCUAGCCGGCUUUGGGGUCAUGGCUUCGGCGCUGGACUUGGAGCACUCCUCACUCCUAAACAAGAUGCACAGCCGCCGGCGGAGAUUUUCGGCCAAGGAAAUCAGGAGAAUCCCGCACCGAGCCCAGAGGAAAAGCUCCAUCGAGAUCGAGCUGGGCGCCGACGGGUUGCUGCUCCGCCGCCCGUCUUGGGCUCACCUCUACCCGCACGAUGGUGAACCGCUGCCGCGGCCGCUUCCCCCACCUCCUUCUCCUUCUCCUCCUCUUCCUCCUCCUGCCCCGAUUCUCGGCGGACCGGCAACAGACGAUGCGAGCCAAAGCAGCGCCAGUGCCCCGCCGCAGACCAAAGCCGUGGCAGCCAACAGCUCGGACACGGAGGAUGGAACCCCCCGCACUCCGCACAAGGAAGCAGUUCCUGAGGAGAGUAAGAUGGAACCGGAGGAGAAUGAGGUGGAGAUGAAGGCGGUCGACACGUCUCCCGAUGGCAGAUUCUUGAAGUUCAACAUUGAGCUCGGAAGGGGUUCCUUCAAGACGGUCUACAAGGGCUUGGAUACAGAGACAACCGUAGAGGUGGCGUGGUGUGAGUUGCAGACUCGGAAGUUAUCAAAGGCAGAGAGGCAGAGGUUCAGUGAGGAGGUGGAGAUGCUGAAGGGAUUGCAACACCCCAACAUUGUGCGUUUCUACGAUUCCUUCAAGUCUUCUGUGAAAGGCCACAAAUGUAUUGUGCUGGUGACUGAGCUCAUGACAUCAGGGACACUCAAAACGUACCUAAAGCGUUUCAAAGCAAUGAAAAAUAAGGUUCUGCAGAGGUGGAGCAGACAGAUCCUGAAGGGCCUUCAGUUUCUCCAUACACGAUCACCUCCCAUUAUCCACCGGGAUCUGAAAUGCGAUAACAUCUUCAUCACAGGACCAACAGGCUCCGUAAAAAUUGGUGACCUUGGUCUUGCAACACUGAAAAGUGCCUCAUUUGCAAAAAGCGUAAUAGGUACUCCAGAAUUUAUGGCCCCUGAGAUGUACGAGGAAAAAUACGAUGAAGCGGUUGAUGUUUAUGCAUUUGGCAUGUGCUUAUUGGAAAUGGCCACCUCAGAAUACCCAUACUCAGAGUGCCAUAAUGCAGCCCAGAUAUAUCGCAAAGUAACAAGUGGUGUUAAGCCAGCCAGUUUUAACAAGGUAAAAGUCCCAGAACUCAAAGAGAUUAUUGAAGGAUGUAUCCGCCAAAACAAAGAUGAGAGCAGGUACACCAUUCAGGACCUUCUUGACCAUUCAUUCUUCCAAGAGGACACUGGUGUCCAUGUGGAACUUGCUGAAGAAGAUGAUGGAGCGAAAUCUGCCCUAAAGCUCUGGCUCCGUAUGGAUGAAUCAAAGAAACUCCAUGGCAAAUACAAAGACAAUAAAGCCAUAGAGUUCUACUUUGAACUUUAUAAGGAUGUUUCAGAAGAGGUGGCCCAAGAAAUGGUGACCUUGGGUUUUGUCUGUGAGGCUGACUACAAAUUAGUUGCAAAGGCCAUCAGAGACCGCGUGACUGAGGUCAAGAGAAAGCGCGAGCGAAACCAACGCAUACAGGAGGAGCUGAGAAAAAAAGAGCAGGAGAAAAAGAAAAAGAUUUGUGAGCUCUUGGAAGAACUGAAUUUGCCUCAAGAAGGAACAGAAAGUGCAGCUGGAGUUGCUCAGCCACCACAGUCUCUAGCCACCACACGUCCCAUUGAAACACUCCUGAAUUCUCCCUUUCCGCCAGAGCCUGAGGAGCCAGAGGCUGAUCAGCAUCAGACUUUUCGAUAUAGGAACACAAAUUAUUCUUCAGCUACAUCUGAUUGUGAGACUGAUGGUUAUUUGAGUUCUUCUGGAUUCUUGGAUUCCUGUGACAACUUGCACAUGGCUGGCCAGUUAGCCCCAAACUCUGGAACUGGUCUCCAAUUUCCUGCUAGCAUUGCAGUGACCUUUCCCUCGAAACAACAUUCAUCAAUUCACAGUGGGCUAAUUUCACCAGGAGACAGCUACGCCUCGGAUGCUGCUUCUGGAAUGAGCGAUGGCUAUGAAGGCCUGUCUGCAGGUGAAGGUUCAGUGAAACUACCCGUGAAACGUAUAGCGAGUAAACUCCUGCGAAAGCGUGGCAGAUCCAGGCUACGGAUUCUUAAUGUUUCAGACAAAGGAGAUCGAGUUGUAGAAUGCCAGCUUCAAACCCACAACAGCAAAAUGGUGACCUUCAAGUUUGACCCAGAAGGCGACUGCCCAGAAGACAUUGCUGCAGUUAUGGUCAGUAGAGAGUUCAUCCUACAAUCAGAGCAGGACAGUUUUGUCAGCAAGCUGCAAGAAAUCAUACACAAGGCAGUGGCCAUGCUGAAGAAGGACACUCACAAUAAAAAUACAACUAAACAGCCAAGUACUCCAAGUUCCCAUCAUUCACAAGAUGUGGAGAAGUCAAACCACUCACCAUACCCUUCAUCAUUGUCUUCAACUGGAAUAGGAGAGGGUACCUCAUACAGUCACGUGGUCGAGUCUCCAAGAAGAAAAUUUUUGGUCAGCCAUGUUCCUGAAACUUCAUCAAGUUUGACCUGCCAAGCCAGAGCAACAUCUCAACCAAUUUUAACUGGCCGUACAGCAGUUGAAACGUAUAACGUAGUGGCACUCUCCAAUCGUGACCCUGUCCCAGCCUCUGAAAAUGCACCCAGUGGAACUGACACUAAUUUGCCUACGACAUCUCUCCUUGCUGCUGCAUGUACUGCAAAUGUUCACCUAAACUCAACAGUGAAUCAGCAGGGAAGUGGGCAACAUACAGCCCAAAGAGGGCUUCCAACAAAAGCAACAGAGAAUGUUUACAAAGAAAUGCAGCCACCAACUACCCAGCCUUUGUCUGUUCUGGCUGACGUAUUGUCGUUGAUGUGCGUGAGUCAUCUGGCCCAUUCAAUCAUACCUAGCAAUUCUUCACAAUCACCACUGAUAUCCCCCUGCAGCAACAACUCUUCCCCGAGCUCGCCUCUCAUCUCCCCAGUUGACAUCUCCUGCUCAUCUCACCUUUUGUCUCCAGAACCAAAUGCCGAACCUCAGCCAAAUAAUGGCAUCAGAAGUUUAAGCGAGCAACUUGGAUCUGAAUGCAAUAGGUCUCGUGAGGCUCUGGGAAAUGUCAGCUAUUUGCCAGGAAUGUCACCCUCCAAAUUCAAUCACAUGCCCUCAAGUAAUGAAGGUGACCUGAGUCUAAUUUACCUGGAUAUCCCACAUCAGAAAAUAACUGCUCCUACAAAUUUCCAGACGACUAUGACAAUUCCAAUACCAGCUUCUUACAGGAACUAUGUCUCACCAGCAAAUUCUCCAUUGCAUUCAUAUCUCAGUCCUACAUUUAACCUUGCAGCUCCACUCUCACCACAGCAGAAUGGUAACCCAGGAAAUUAUGGGAGCACUGGUUUCCAAGGCAGGGCAUCAAAUUCACCCGUUAUGUCUCAAACACCUGUUACAGACUCAACUACAGAUCUUAAGGACAGACAGUUCUCGCUGUUGGAUAUAAGUAACAAAAACACCUCAACAAUAUUUGUGACUGAAACCUUAACAUCACAGUCAGGAAAGUCACCAUUGCCUUCUAUAUGUGAGGAGUUUAAAAGUUUUGAACAAUCUAUAUCAUAUCAGCCCUUUCCAGUGGGAGACUUUGAGUUUUUGAAAACUCAGGAUCUAAAUAAAAAGGAUUCUCAACUAACAAAAGAAGGUGAUCCUAAAGUAAAAGAUCAAUUGGUUCCAGGCAACUGUACCACUUUGCAUUCAAUGAUGAUGUCCAAGGACUCAAAGUUGGAUGCUACAUUAGGAACCCAUCAAGAUAGCAAUAGCAGCAACCCAGUUUCACCCAUCCAUUUGAUGAAACCUUCCUUUGUCAAUUCUGUUGCUGCUGCAGACAGUCAUGCUCCAGAAAGUAACAAAGUAGUGGCCAGUUCAGGAGAUGAGAAACAAAACAGCGAUUCCAUGUUAUCAGAUGUGCACAACUAUUCAGUCUCAGUGCCUGGACGGAUUCAGCAUCCACGAACUUCAAUCUACGUCAGCAGCGAUGAUUCUGAAACUGAUGACGAUGAAAUAUUUGAAGAGUUGCAAACUCUGAGAGAAAAGCACUUGGCAGAGGUUCAGAGAUUGCAGGCAAUGCAGAAGAAGGAGAUUGAGCAGCUGUACGAAAAGAUGGGUAAGGUGCCCCCUGCUGGAAUAGUAUCACCAGCUGCAAUCCUGAAUGGAAGACAGAGGCGUUUGUCUAAGGGCAAUUUCAACCAAUCCCGUCGUAACAGCCUACAAAGACUUGAACCUUUACAACAACCAGGCUUUGGCAGAAGGAAUUCCUUAACUGGCAUCUGCAGUGUACAAGAUCAAUGGCAAACACAGUCCAGCAUUGGUGGGGGUUACUUUUCCUAAUGGCUUCUCAUAGCUGAUAGGUUGUUAGAGUCUUUAGAAGCUAAGGCUUUGCACAAUAAAUUUAAAGGAAAAGGGUCAAUAAAAUCAUUCUGGUUCUGACUACAACAAAUAUCUGGCACUAUAGUACUUUUAAGUGUUUUAAACUGUACAAAACACCAUUUGUCAGUAGAUUUGAGUACAGUUUCAGCUAUUAUUAAUUUGGACAUGGACUGUUAUAUGAUGCAAGUAGUUAACAGUCAGCUUUCUUAUAUAAAAGGCCUUUUGAUUUAUAUAUAACAUAGGAACCUGAAACAGUUGUUUAGAAAAGAACACGAUGACCCCAGUCAGAAAUCCUUUUCCAUUGUCAGAACAGAUCUUAAAAUAGAUUGCUUAUGACAUUUUAGCUUCUAAGCACUAAUAUGAUUUUAGAAACACUAAGGACUCAGCAUUGUUUAAGUCAAAUUACUUUAUCUCGUAUAACAGUAUUUCAACAAUGUUUAAUCAUAAAAUAAUCCUUGCUACAGAAUUUUUUUCAUUAAAAUAUACCAUUUCUGGUAAUAUCUCAAAGGAUAUCUGAUUAAAUCAGAUUUAAAAGCAAAUAUAAUAGACUGUUGUGAGUGUGAACAAUGUCAGUGGAGAGACACUAAAGCUAGUGGAUAUAGAAGCCUUUAUUCAGCAUUUGAGACACUCUUCGAAGAAGAGGCCUGCCUGACCCAAUAUUACAUGACAUUUUUAUAUGCUAAAUAUCAAAGAUAACAGCAGGACAAUUUUACAAUUCUAAUGUAUCUAGAAUGCAUCCUUUGAAUUACAUAUAAUGUUUAAACACCUUUGUCUUCACACCCACACUCCAAACAACCCAAAUGAACGUUACUUCCCACCAAUUCUGCGCUGCGUUCGUGCAUAUGCAGGCUUCUGUGAUCAAACGGAAUGAUCUCUCUUCAUUGUCAACAUUCCCAGUAGUUGCCCACGUACCAUCCUGCACUCCCUGAGCCAUACUGUCCCCAUAUAUUCCUCAGGCACUUCACUUUUACCAACACGUGUAUAUCUUUAGGGUACAUCUGGUGAAUUUUAACCAUUUUCUCGAGCAUGCCCCAGAAUCCUGUAUUUUAGCAGGGGACCCUAAAUGAGGGCAACCCUGACAAAAUACUCUGCUUUUCCCCGAGGGUGAAGGGCUUGUGAAUGGUCAAGAGCUGCUUCGGGUCAUCAGGGUCCCUGACUUGAUGUUGCUUAAACCCAAAAAGAUCCAUUCUGACAGAUAUAUCUGGGUAUAACCUCUCCCUCAAAUAUCACCACACUCCAUAAUUCCCACACUACACAAAAUAUAAAUGAUGGAUAAAAAUUAAACAAUACAUACUUAAAACCACAGAGUAUAUACUUUGCAGUCCGCCACUUCUGUACAUCUGAACUCAUAAUGCCUGUUGUAUUCCCUUCGCAUUUAAAACUCUUACAUCAAGGUUACAGGCUUUUUCUUAAACCACACAAACACAUCUGCUACUAUACUGGUCCCUGAAUGAGUAUACAUGAACCCAUUGGUGUCCCAAACAGUCAGUAACCACCCUUCACAACUGGUGCCCCUGUCUCACCAAAUUAACACAGAAAUGCCUAGUCUCUAGGCAUUUGCACAUAUGCACAUUUCCACACGCACACCCACCCACCCCCCGCACUACUUUUAUAGCUACUAGAUGAGGUCCCUACCAUGUUCGUGAUACUUCAUAAUCCCACAGUCACUGACCUGAACAGAUCUAAGUGUGAGUUCUAAUCUUUUUUAAAAAAUAUACUCACCCACUUAGACUGCUGCGGUCACUGCUCACACAAUGGGUUUAUAUUCCGGAUGAGCCCCCAAAUAUUGUGAGUGUGCACAAUGUCAGUGGAGAGACACUGAAGCUAGUGGAUAUAGAAGCCUUUAUGCAGCAUUUGAGACACUCUUGGGAGAAGAGGCCUGCCUGACCCAAUUCAGUUUUAUAUGCUAAAGAUAAAAGUUAACAGCAGGACAAUUUUACAGUUCCAAUGUAUUUACAUUGGUUCCUUUGAAUUAUAUAUCAUGUUUAAACACCUUCGUCUUCACAACCACACUCCAGACACCCCAGGUGAAUGUUAAUUCCCACCGACUCUGGGCCACAUUCAUGCAUAUACAGGCUUCUGCGAUCAAAUGGAGUGAUUCUUUGUUUGCAAUCAACCCCCAAAAUGCUGCUCCAGGAAGAUCUUUGUUCAGAGCUGGAGUUUAAAUUCAAUCUACAAUCAAUGUUCAGAUCUGGAGAUUGGCUACUGUAAAGAUUAGUAUUUGCUAUAUACCAUAAAUCCAAAAUAUGCCCUAACAUAGACUAGAUAAUAAGUUUUGCCUUAAUUUUAGAGGAAAUUUGAUAACUCCGGCAAUUACAAGACAAUAAGAAUGCUUGAUAUUAAGCAGCCAUUAUAAAUCAUGUUUAUAUUUUUGUAUUAAAGUAUGUUUUUCCAUUGUCACGAACUGUAAGGACUGAAUUUAUUGAUUUUGUUUCUCUGUAUAUAUGUAUAUAGAAAAUGUAAAUGUUAUGCAGUAAAUUAUACCAAUAUUAUAUUGAUAAUUAGAUCUCUUAUUUUAAAAUAAACUAUACAAGUAACUUUCCCAAAUGGAAGAUUUAGAUGCAUUUAUUAUUCCUUUUCUUUCCAAUAAACUUUAUAUUUGCCUAUUUGAAACACAAGGGUGUCAUUUCACGUGAGAUUUCUCAUUUUGUAAAAUAUGGUGCACUGUUUGAGUUGAUUUUGGUAUAAAUGUGCAUCUGCAUGGAAUAGAGAUUCUGUAUUUGUUGACAUUUAUUUGUUAUCUCAAAGUUGAUCUUACAUUUUUUUUAUGAUUUAAAUCAUUAACUAUGUAUAUCCAUAGAUAUACAUAGAUGCUAGAUAAAUUAUUUCACACGUCAUGAUGGAAAUAAAACUUCAUAUAAAUUGUGUUGUGAUGUAUUUUGGAUUAUAAAAUCAUUUUCACAAACCUGCAUAACAUUGAAAUUGGAAUCCAUAGAGCAUUGAAGUCAAACUACACUCAGUGUCCACCUCACCUGGUCCACCUCAGUGGUGCCUCCUGCACCUAAUAAAGUGACCACUGAGUGUAUGUUCGUGGUCUUCUGCUGCUAUAACCCAUCCACUUCAAGGUUCGACAUGUUGUGCAUUCAGAGAUGCUCUUCUGCACACCACUGUUGUAACAUGUGGUUAUUUGAGUUAGUCGCCUUGCUGUCAGCUGGACCAGUCUGAGCCAUUCUCCUCUGAACUCUCUCAUUAACAAGGCAUUUUUGCCCAUUGAACUGUCAGUACUGGAUGUUUUUAUUUUUCACACCAUUCUGUGUAAACUAUAGAUACUAAUUGUUGUGCGUGAAAUGCCUGGGAGAUCAGCAGUUUCUGAGAUACUCAACCCACCCAGUCUGAUACCAACAAUCGUUCCACGGUCAAAGUCACUUCGAUGACAUUUCUUCCCCAUUCUGAUGUUUGAUCUGAGCAAUAAAAUGAACCUCUUGACCAUGCCUGCAUGCUCUUAUGCAUUGAGUUGCUGCCACAUGAUUAGAUAUUUGCAUUUACAAGCAGGUGUAUAGGUGUACCUAAUAAAGUAGCCACUGAGUGUAUGGCUUUAUUUAGAUCAAACUCAUGUUAACAUCUCUAAAUUAGGAAGGUCAUACAAAUUGGAAAUGUUAACAUGUUUUUAUACCAAAAUCUUUAAAUCAGAACAUUUGUGGCAUUUGGAAUACAAGAAUGGCUCAAAACUCCUUGCAAACUUGGACUGGUGAUGUAAAAUAAUAAGAAUUCAUUACACUGUUGAUUUCCAAAAAGCAUUUAAACAUGACGUUUGGCUUCCUCUAAAACAGCAGCCUGGUAUAGCUAGUUCUCCUAAAUAAUACUUGUAUGAGAUACGAACAUUGCAGAUUCGCACCACAGAGUGGUGGAGGAUGAAACUGAACUGCGUAGUGGAGAUAGGUUUGUGCAUCAGGAACUUCCCUCCUCCAUAGAACGUAGCAAAAUUGCAAAACUCUUUAUAAAUACACGUAUGUUACUGCUACAACAGUUGAAAGGAAAUCUCCCUAAUCCCAGAAGUCCCAAUAUUAAAUGAUGAAAUCAAAGGAUUAUUUUUCUUCCAUUUCUUUAAGGUGCUUUAUCUUACAUUUGGUUUCAAAUUUCCACAAAAGUUCUUCUCAAAUUUAAAAAAAAAGUUCCAGUCAAGGCUAAUAAUGUUAUAUUUUUCUAAAUUGAUAAUUAGUUCAACAAUAUCAUUGUAUCAUUAGAUUAACAAUAUCAUGAGUGUAUGAGUUAAAAUAUAAAUUAGCUUAAACCCUUUUGCUCAUUGUGGCCAAAAUUCAGCGUCAGAAGUUUGCAGAGGAACAUCCGAACAAGCCUGAUGAAUUUUGGAAACAAGUCCUGUGGACUGAUUAAGUUAAAACAGAACUUUUUGGCCGCAAUGAGCAAAGGUAUGUUUGGGGAAAAAAGGGUGCAGAAUUUCAUGAAAAGAACACCUCUCCAACUGUUAAGCAAGGGGGUGGAUCGAUCAUGCUUUGGGCUUGUGUUGCAGCCAGUGGCACGGGGAACGUUUCACUGGUAGAGGGAAGAAUGAAUUCAAUUAAAUACCAGCAAAUUCUGGAAGCAAACAUCACACCGUCUGUGAAAAAGCUGACGCUGAAAAGAAGAUGGCUUCUACAACAGGAUAAUGAUCCUGAACACACCUCAAAAUCCACAAUGGACUACCUCAAGAGGCGCAAGCUGAAGGUUUUGCCAUGGCCCUCACAGUCCCCCGACCUAAACAUCAUUGAGAAUCUGUGCAUAGACCUCAAAGGAGCAGUGCAUGCAAGAUGGCCCAAGAAUCUCACAGAACUAGAAGCCUUUUGCAAGGAAGAAUGGGCAAAAAUCCCCCAAACAAGAAUUGAAAGACUCCUAGCUGGCUAUAGAAAACGUUUACAAGCUGUGAUACUUGUCAAACAGGGUGUUACUAAGUACUGACCAUGCAGGGUGCCCAAACUUUUGCUUUGGGCACUUUUCCUUGUUUGUUAAUUUUGAAACUAUAAAAGAUUGAAAUAAAAAAGUAAUCUU